CCAAGAAGGCAGUCCUGGCUAAGAAAAAGUUUGACCGUUCAGACAAAAUGAUCUGAAAAAAAAUUAAACUUCUCAAAAAGAGAACCGUUAAAGGAAGGUUUGAUCAGAUCAACAAGACCAGUCAGUCUAAGAUCUUGAAACUGAAGUCUUCAAGUCACAAUGUACAGAAGAUCAUUCAUAAUUUGAAGAACAAGAUUGACUCGCUUACCUCCAAGACCGACGAGCACAACAUUCUCCUACUUCGCUCCAAAUAACCUCCUCGAUGAAUACCAAAUUCACGUACAAAAAAUAAUCCAAAAUACGAACAAAUCUCAGGUCCUCUUCGAUGGCAAGAAGGGAGGGCUCGGAGACGAUUUAUUCGAUGAACAUCGUAAUGACAACAAGGAAAACUUGAAGAAAGAGCUGAUUACUUUGCUUAGGGUUAGAGAGCUCACUUCAAAGUAUUUGGACAAGGCAAUCAAGCUCCAUGAGUCUGACCUAGAGGAAUAUAAAAAGGACAGCAAGAUGAAUACCUCCAAAAUCAACCUUAGCAAUAAUUUGAUACAGUAUUUCAUUGACCGGUUCAAAGUGACUGAGAGACAAUUUCUAGGAAUUCUUCACAAAGCCAAAGCAAUGGUAACCCUAUUGUGUCAUUACUUUAGAGUAUUCAAAGGAAAUUAACCCUAUAGUAUUCGAAGAUGUUGGGAAUCCUCUAAGCGGACAUGAUGAUAUAUCAGGCAAAAAUAAGAGGUUCUAUAACGAAAUAUUAGAGAUUCUCUCUCAACCAUCAACUCGAGAUAUCCCUUGUAUGACUCUCCAGCAGAUAGAAGCAAUAGAGAACAACUACUGAGUGUUGAGCCAUAUUCAGAAAAAGAGAAGGCCGAAUUUGAUCCCACUGAUAAGUCAAGCUACAAAAUUUCCGAUUUGCUUCAAGAAAUUUUAA